UACAAAGUAAUUUGGAAGGGACCUUAUAACAAAUGGAAUCGGGAAAGGAUCAACGCAGAAGAUGGUGCUUGGGCUGUGUCUUAAAGGAAGAAAAGGAGAUAUAUCCAGUUAGAGGUGACCCAUCAGCGCAAAGCCACGGAGAUUAAGCCGGAGUGUUGUGUUUUGAGAACAGAGAGGUAGCCAGUUUGACUGGAUUGCAGAGAAUGAAAGGAUAGGUUGGGGACAGAGUUCUAAAAGACCUUGAAAGCUAAAGAGAGGAGUUUAUAAUUGAACCCAAAUGCAAGAGGUAGCCAGGGGAGUUGAUUGAGGGAGUCCCAACGGUGAGAUCGGCACUGAAGGAAAAUUACUUUGGCAUCAUCGGAGCAGAGGACUGGGGAAGUGGGAGCCCUCCUCGGGUUCUUGACGUGAAAGUGGGCUAAUUUAAAGCCCUUCACAACUUGGCUUGAGAUUGCGUAUCUAGAUUUAUCACGUACGUCUCCCUUCCGUGCACUCCGGCUGAGCUGUUCCCAUCACCGAGCCUUUGCUUAAGCUGUUCCCCAUUCCUGGUACGCACUCCUUUCUCACUUGCCUCAUAUGAUUCCUAGCUUCCCUCAAAGCUCCCGUCCCAAGCCAGCCACCUCCUUCGAGAGGCCUUUCCCGAGUCCCCGGCUGCUGGUGUCCCAGCCGCCGUGCUCUUAAACCGCCAUUUAGCGUUCGGUGUGCGUUCCCUAGCUGUAGAAUGGAAGCCCCUUGAGGGCAGGGGUACCACUUUUGUUUUGGAAGUCCCCACGGUCCAGGACAGGAUAUUGCACUAGGCAGACGUUUAAUAAAUGGUGCUGGGUUGCUAUCUGUUGUUUUCCCCCCUAUAACGUGAUCUCGAGGGGACGGGCUAGUUCCUUUUUGGCUCAGUAUCUUCAGCUCAGAGUGGGGACUUAAGGAAAUGUCAGCUGAUCGAUGGAUUGGUUACCCUGGGGAGUUUAUUUCCCGGGUGGAUGGAGGGGAGGAGGCGGGGGGAGACUGGAGUCUGGGAGAGAGUGGAAGGGAUGGGAUUGGAGCGGUGAGAUGGUGGGUAAGGGGUGGGGUGGGACUCCGGAGAGGGCGGGCGGCGUGGUUCGAGGUGGCCGGCAGCCAAUUCGGUGACGGAACGGCCUCCUUCCCCGCGGCGCCCGUCCCCCAGCGAGCCCCUGCGCCCGCGGGCUCUAGUCGGGGCUGCCUGGCUCCCCUGAGCCCCGCGAGGGGCGGAAGGGAAGGAUCCCUCGGGGCGGGGCCAGCUAGCUCGCUCCCCGGCUCUCCAGGCUGGGACUGCCGCCUUUGGCCAGGGCUGGGCCGGGCGCGCGGGUGGGGCGCAGCUGCAGCAGCCUCCGCAGCCUGAGCAAGCAGCUGCAGUGCCUUGCGGGCCGCGGCCCGGCCACGUCCCGGGCUCCCGGGCUCCCGGGCCCCGCCGCUCCUCCUCCGGCCGCUGCUAGGUUAGCGGGGCGCCGGCGGCCGCGCUCUCAUCCCGGCCGGGGGCCCCCCCGUCACGCGGGGCCGCGGGCUCCGGGGGCGCCGGGCUGAGGGAGCUCGGGGGAGGAGAAAGGUGGGCGGUGGGAGGAGCGAGGCAGGCUGGACGGGACGGGACGGGACUGGGCGGGGCGGGCCGCGCCGGGCCUGGCCGGGCUGGGCUCCGGAGCGGGACUGAGCCGAGCCGAGCUGAGCCGAACCGAAAGGGCCCGAGCGCAGAGCGGCCGGCCGGGGACCCGCUGCGCCAAUGCCGCUGACGCUGGUCUUCUUCUCCUUCUUCUUCCCCGGCUUCUUCGUGCUCUGCGCCUGGGGGCUGCACCGAGCGCUUCCCCAAUGGACCGUCCUCGACUGUUUGACGUUCAGCAACAGGCUCGUUUCUUCCAUCCAGGCUGUCCUGGCCUCUGGCUCCGGGCUCAUCAUUGUUCUGAGCUGCUCUGAUGUAGUCUCUUGCAGGCACUGGCUUGCCCGAGAGUAUGUGUGGGUUUUGAUUCCAUACAUGACCUACGAUCUUGGCGCCAUGUACAUCUGCUACUGGUACCGAAACCGAGGCGAGGAUAAGAAGCACACUCUCGCCAUCUUUAAGAGGUUCCUCAAGCACGAUUGCCUCAUGCUCACGCACCAUAUCUUCAUUCUGGUCGUGCUUGUACCCAUUGCACAGGUACUACGGGGAGAGCGUGGUGACUUCUUUGUGGGCUGUAUCUUCACAGCAGAAUUCAGCACCCCGUUUGUGUCACUGGGCAGAAUUCUGAUCCUGCUAAAGAAACAGGACACGUUUGUGUACAGGCUGAACGGUGCGCUGACCCUGGGGACCUUCUUUGUCUUCCGCAUCCUCGUCUUCCCCUUCAUGUACUGGUCCUACAGCCGGGAGGAGGGCCUGAGCUUGUGGGAGACGCCGCUUCGCAUCCCCUUCUUGUGCAACGUCAUCAACGCCUUCCUCAUCGCGCCCCAGCUCUACUGGUUCGCUCUGCUCUGCAGGAAGGCGGCCCAGAUGUUCAACACUUCCCAGGCCAAAAAAGACAGUUAGUGGCACCCGUGACCCAGAGUGAGCAGAGAAAGGCGUCUCCCCCUGGCCCCCCGGCUGCCUCCUCCGCACCCCACAGAACCGUUCGGGCCCUGGAUGGGCUCUGUCUUGUGGGAGUCAAUAAGGAGCAGAGGGGUUGGGUUUUAUAAGGAACAAUCACGUUCUCUCUCCAUUCUGCUUUUUUUUUUUUAACAGAAGCAUUCGCACAACUACAAAUCGUGUUGUGGCUUAUGAGGAACUGAGGGGUCUGGCUUAUGACCCCCAAGGCCCGGAGGGAUUUUGUGGCGGGGUCUAAACCCGAGCUGUGCCACAGAAGUCCUGGGGGAAGAGACCCGGUGACGAGCUAGCCUCUGCCGGGUUGUUUGUGUGCUGGCUUUACAGCCUGCCUUUCACACAUCCUUCUGCUCACCUCCUUUGAUCAAGGAACAGCCAAUUCUGGGCCGACAGGACCAAAGCAAAAAUUUUGCUGACUUAGCUGUGUACGUUGUGGGAAUAAGGGGCCAGAAGACGUGGGGCUACAUUUUACUUUUUUCUUUCCUAGGCUGACAUUGCAAGUCUCAGAUGCCCCAUUUCCCUUCACUCUUACCCUGGUGCCAGUGUUUUAACACUCACUUCCACCUCCCCUGGGCUGGGAUGGAGGGGGAAUUCUACCCGAGGAGCCAGCAAUUUUUAUAGGAUUGCCAGUUGUGUCUGUUUCAACUUUGCAAGCCAAGUUAGAGAAAUCAGGACCAACUGGCAAACCAUAUUCUCCGACUGCUCCCUUGCACCCAGUCUGUUCUGUCCGUAUGCAUAGGGAUGCCUGACAUCUAGUAAAACAGGAUUUUAACCUCUUCCCAGCCUAUGGCUUACAUACUUCCCUAGAUGAGACUCCAGUGGCCUUAAAAAAAAUUCAUGUCUGGACUACUGAGUGUUUUUUCCUAUGUUCCUUAUAACUUAGUGUUCUAACCAGGAGUCCUUGACAGCUUAACUACCUUCAAAAGGAGUCUAAUACAAAUAUCCAAGCCAAAAGGAUCACUGGGUACCUCCCCGCCCCUCCUUACAGCUAACUACCCUUGUCACCAGCCCCCUUUCAAGAGGGAAAUCCAAGUGCCAACUCUUAAAACAUUCCUCAGAAAAAUAGGAUGUUUUAGUAAUUAUGCUAUGGUAAAGUAUUUUUUAUGCUAGUACUUUUAAAAAUAAGGCAACCUUCCCCCAUCAGUUGUGAUUCCAUUGUCUUUAAAAGUGGUAGCUGACUUAACAGCAAGGACUCGUUUCAGACUCUUGCUGUCUCAGUCUGAUGGGUGCUGUUUGUUUUUCUGAACCUCUAAAAUGCUAUACAAGUUGUAGGCUUGUUUUGGUGUUGUUUACUGAUAAUUUAACUGAAAGAAAAAAUUCCCUCAAGGAGAUUACAUUGUAUUAAUGUUUUUCCUAUUUACUCUCAUUGUGAAAGACAUCAAUAAAUUUCUUUUUAAAACCA